AGGAGCUCAAAAGCUACAAGCGUCGACGAACACCUGUUCACUUUUCUAAACUUCCACCAGGUUCAUCAUCCUCUUGAUGAAUUUUCAUGCAUCUUGCAAUUGUUAAGAACCUCACAUUUAUUGCGCUGUCCCCCCUUAAUGUUCCUUACAUUGCGGUACCAUGAAUUUGAAAUGAUCUUGUUGUAUUAAUUUAGUCGAUUUGAACGUGAAAUAGAUACUGUAUCUUCAGUUUGUUGAAUAAGAGUAUCACUCCAAUUUUUCUUUUUCUUCUUUGUCGUACUCGUGUGCGAGGACCUUUCCUCCGACGACCGGUCUGGCGAAAAUAAUGUCGUCAAAACAGAAGACUUCCGUGGCUGCGAAUGCUAACAAUCAAGUUAUGUUGCUUCUUCUUCAUCAAGAAAAUCAAGAUGAUUCAUCUCACUGUCGUCCAUCAAGUAGAAAUUCUAGCGAACAAAGGGAUAAGGAUAUACAACUUGUUUACGCGACAUAAUUAUGUUGUAAUCAUCGUAUAUCUGAAUGGUUCCGGUAUUUGGUAACCUGAACUUGAUCAUAAGGGAAAACAAGAAGAGAACCCUUAUGAUCAAAGUCAGGUUACCAAAUACCAGAGCCAUACAAUAUCCCCUACCCUUGUUCUUCCUUACUUCUAGAGGGAAGAACAACACGAGAUGCUACUUGUUGACGGCGUCCUCGACAUGAAUUAGCGAGGUCUAGAGUUAACGAGUUCUACUUCUAACAAUACAUCUGGAAAGAUGAACAACGAGCUUGGUGCGGGUCCAACCCUCUUCGCAGGGAAUACAAAGCUGCAGCAACUCCAGGCAGAGAGGAAUCAAAAAAGCAAGUCAGCAAUCGCGGUACUAUAAUAUUAAGAAUCUCCUUGAAUGAUACAUGAAGAUGUUCUCUAUCAGAAAUCUUCUAGUUUUAGCUGCAGAUAGGAGGACGCUUAUAAUUAGUUUUAGCAGAUUAUGGGAGGACGCUUGACGAUAAUUGCCCUUUUCUCUUUUCUAUCUUCCUCUGGUCUUUCUUUUUUCUAGUUAGAUCGGCUCCACCACAUCUAUAAUUAGAAAUCUUCUCGAUGUCGACAGAGCAAAUUCGUGUUCUUUAGAAUUAAGUCCAGUAUUCCGACAUCCGGCAAGCCGACGACCACUAGAUCAUUCAUAUGGACGAGUAUCAUCUUCUUCACGUGCACUUCUUCACGAGUAUCAUCUUCUUCACGUGCACUUGUACCACCCAUACCUCCUAAAUCAGGAAACAACAACUGAAACUCUACAACACACAGGACACCGAAGAGAAUGUCUCGAAGAUGGAGGCAUCUCUCGGCUCCCUGGAGAGUCUAGAGGAGCAGAAGGCGACUUCGCAGGGUGCCUUGAGUCAGAAGAUGCUACAAGCUCUGGCACUAAACGGCAAUGACGUCCACGUAGACAUCAAAACAGCAAGGGUUAGCUUGAGGUACUUAUUUUUGCGUUUUUUUAUACACUUUCUUUCUCACCUUCGCCCUACAACAGCUGCAAGCUACAAACCGAUCAAAUAACUCCAUCCAUCCUUCAUCAAAUUUUGUUCUCAAUCUCGUCAACAUCUCUUUCAGAGAGGCCCAAUUUGCAUCUUUUGAUCACUUCUCACCUCCUCACCUCACUCUCUCUGUCGACCUCCUCACCUCCAAAAACAGUAAACUCGAUAUGGGUGGAGAAGGUGGAGAUAAUUUUUCACGGUCACUAUUGCCUGCUGAGUGGUGCGAGGAGUGGGAACAAAACUUGCCGGAUUACCCCAAGAUAUCCUUUCCGCAAAAGAAAUCAGAGAAAUGGUCAAUCGGAACUAUGAUGUCGAUGGUAAUGUUUUUAUGUUUUGUUUUUUUUCUUGAGCUAAACCUAUGUAUACCUAUACAACUAGGCUGUCCUUGACCGUGCCCUAGUUCCACUUUCUUGCAGUGAAAGAUGAGUGACUUUGUUUUUAUAGAGUUUAUCUUGAAAAUCUUUUUUCUAUCAAAGGGCUAUUAAGAUUAAGAAGAGUCGCAUUCUUGUUGCAUGAAGUAGUCUCAUCCGAGCACGUACUGAGUUCCUGAUCUUCCCGUAUCCCACUUUCUUUCUCAACCUCCAGGUCGAGCACUUCAAGAGCAACGCUGCACAGCCGUUGCAUCCUCUAUUGAUCAUGCGCCUCCUGUACGAUACAGAAGUCGUGAUGGCCAAGAAAUAUCCGCACUCAGUCAACAAAGCCACUAUCCCGAAAAAGAGCAUGCAACAGAGAGCCGAGGAAGAGGCCACGAAAAGGGGAGAGAAUCCAACCGAGGUGUCGAAGAAGGAGAUGCCGGGUCUUAAUUCCAAAGCUAUGGGCACAGCGGGACGCACGAUUGUAGUUGGAGAUACACAUGGUCAAUUGGAGGAUGUGCUCUGGAUCUUCUACAAGAACGGAUUGCCGAGUCCCAGCAACGCAUACUUAUUCAACGGUGACAUCGCGGAUAGAGGGUAGUAAGACUACUUGGGCGACUUCUCUACUCUAACAGAUGUUACGAAGACCAAUUGUAUUUGCUUUUGCUAAAGAUAUUUGACAUAUGAACCACCUCCACCUCCAUACGAGGACAAUGAAAAACUAGCCUUUUUAAUAGAUAAAUACGAUAACCCCUCUACAUAAGAAAACUUGAACUUUUUUUUCCUCAUUCUCGCCCACCCUCAUUUCGUCUAUGCGCCCACCACCACCACCACCACCACCACCACCACCACCACCUUUACCAUCAUCGCUACGAGGUUUUACGCCACCGAGAUUUUCGCAUUGUUGUUUGGUUUCAUGGUUUUGUACCCGUCCUCUGUCGAUAUGAACCGCGGCAACCACGAGGACGAAACCAUUAAUUUAGAUCCGCAUUGUGGCGGCUUCUAUGAGGAGAACAUCCAGAAAUACGGUGGCAACAUUGGCAGUAUGAUUUACGAAAGCUACCUGAAAGUUUAUUCGCACCUGCCAUUGGCAACGGUGCUGGAAAAACGCGUCUUCGUGGUCCACGGUGGUCUCUCGCGUGUAACGGACGGCAUGUUGAAGGUGUUGGCGGGAGUUGACCACCAUACCAGUUCGAUCCCGGAAAGCCCAGACAACACAGCGGAUACAGUCUUCAUCGAUAUUAUGGCUGAAGACAGACGUCGUCUCCGAGAUUGAUGUGAUUGAUUAAGUACUUUUUUCAAGAACAUCUAGAAUAAUAUGAAAAUGAAGCGACAAGCACAUUUUUUCAAGAACAUCUAGAAUAUGUUGAAAAUGAAGCAACAAGCACAAGCAUAAAAAAUAAACGGAGGUAACCACUACUAGGACUUGUUUCUAUUGUGUUCAUCUUCUCCCUUAGUGUUUGAUGAACUAGGCCCGUUCGUCCAACUUUCCUCCUCCUGGUAGAAGGAAGAAAAGAAGGUGAAUUAGGAUCAUUCAACAUCUUGUUCUGAAGUAUUUCAGCAGCAACCUCCUCUAAGCUCUGCAUGUGGGCGGAUCCUAUGGAGGGCAAAGGUAUUGUGCCGUCGAACCGAGGCCCCAGUCUCAUCCAGUUUGGCCCUGAUGUGACGAUGAAAUUCCUGCGCCAAAACGGAUUCCACCUGGUCGUCCGCUCGCACCAGCCUCCUAGCAACAAGGAUGGCGUCUUCUUCCACCACGAUGGACGUCUUCUCACCGUCUUCUCCGCUUCGAACUACUGCGGCUGGUACGGCAACACUGGCGCAGUUUUGAUCUUUUCACCAGGAAAGGGUGACACCAAAGCUGCGUCCUUGCCGACUAUUGAGAUCGUGCGACACUUCUCGCCUACCUUCCAGAUGCUGGCCACAGCGGACAUCACGACGAACGAUGUUUUGUCAUUGGAGCAGCUAAACGCUAGGAAAAAGGGAGCCACGGAAAUGGAGUAUGCGGCGAUCAAGAAUGCACGUUCAUCUCUAGCAGUGCGCAUGGACAAGCUCAUAUUCGAAGUGAAGACGCGCAUCGCACGCAUCCUCGUAGACCACAAGCAAGAACUAUGGAAAUUUUGGCUGCAGCAUGAGAAGGAUGUAAUUUUUAUUUUGAUGUUUACUUACUUGAUAGAGUCUUCACUGUCGUGGUCAACACUCAUUGGGUUCUGUCUCUACGAUAUUCUUCACAUGUGAGAAACUUGCAUUUCCGAAAUGUCUUUUGACUAUUCGCUAUCUAUCAUCUCAAAACGUGGGCAUCUCUCGAUUACGACUUAACCACUGACUCACAGGGCGACUACAAUAGCCGACCUGGGAACGCGCCACCAGGCUUGAUCUCCAUAGAUGCUUGGAAAGAGGGUAUCGCGGCACAGGUUGGCAGCUGCGCGUCCGUGGUUAAUGGCCUUCCUUGGCAGCAGGUGAAGGAGAUUUUGAACGUCGAAGACCCGCACACCAAGCUGAUCGACUACCCUUUGACUCUGCACCGCUUUCGCGUUGUGCUCCGGGAUGAGGUGAAGACAGAGGCUAAUUUGCAGGAUGUGCGAAAGUCAGUUUCCACGCAGACGGCUUUGUUUCCUAGAAAGACCGCGGACCCGAAUGGGAAUGUGAUGCGCCACACGAACUGGAUGGAGACCAUCUUGGCCCGAUUGUUCGAACAGUUGCUGUUGGAAAACGUGCCUUGGCAACAGCUGAUCGCGAAAUUUGGAGUGGCAAGCGAAGAAGAAAAGAUCGAUCCCACAACUUUGCAGAAAGUGUUGUCGUCUUUGACCUCUGGUUCCUCAGCGAACAAGAAGCAUCAACUGCUGACAAGCGACCAAGCCGCCGGUUUGGUGCGAACGUUGACGGGCUACGGCGGAAGUCGUUCCUCGAUCGCUCCUGGCUCACUGUCCUUGUCGGCUGCGAAGUCCGGCGCAGCAGGUGUUGGCGUCACUCUGGCCGAGUUCUUGUCGCGUCUGGAAGUGUGCUACACGGGGUACAACGUCCAGCGACUGCGACACAAAGCCGAGUCUGGCUUGAAAGAAGGACAAGACGGCGAACAAACGUUGAUGAACUUGAAGUUUGGCACCACGACUGUCGCAACUUGCUUCCGCCUGAUCGGCCGCGCGAUCUUCGCUGACGCCGACUCUGCUCAUGAAGCCAGUGAGAAAACGUUUACGAUCUUCAAGGAUGGGGACAAGGAUAGCGAUGGCAUGUUGUCGAAGUCGGAAUUCACAGCCGUAGUAGAGCAAUUGCUGAAGCCGUACUCGUCUUACUUGUUGGAAUUCUUCAUCAAGAAGAGCGACAAGUACAACGCCUCGGGCGGCGGCAAUGGGGAACUUCCAGCAUCCUUGCUCGAAGACAUCUUCAAGGUGGUAGAUGUAGCCAGAACUGCGAAGAUUAGCUACCUCGAAUUCCUCCACUGCUUUCAGCCAGCGGAUAGAAGCGGCGAUGUGCUCGGAUUGAUAGACUCAGAAGACGUAUUAUUAUAGCUUUUUUCUUUUGUGUAUGUGGCAGUCAGCACUGAACUUUGUGCGACCACGAGAUGUAUUGUAUUGUCUUGCUCGUAGUCGUGAGAAUGAAUUGUGAUUACGGUGUCUGGAGGGUGCUGUUUUGCCGCUCAAAAUGCGCAUCCCACUUCACAGUUAGACAGGGAUCAUGCUCUCCUCGUCCUCGUCACAGAGAUGUUGAAACUCUUCGUUCAAGCUACUAGAGAUUCAUUUACAUGAUCAAGGAAACAUGUACAUGACAUCCCUCUCCAACAACAUCAACAACGACAAAAUAUCUACAACAGAGCAAGGCCCUUUCUUCCGCGGUGAAUAGCGGAAAAGCUGCGCUGAAGCAUCUGAAGCAUCCCGCUGAGGAAAUCCGAGUAGCACUGAUGGAACAGAUUUGUGGGGUCCUGUACAACAACAAGCAAGCCCUGCACAAAGCUUUUAUGUUCUUCGACAAGGGCAAUACACGCUUGAUCCCGAAAGUGCACUUCGUCAAAGCCAUCAAGUGCCUCAACAUCACACUCAACAUGAAGGCGUCGCCCCUUACUGAAGACCAGAUCGAGAUGUUCGCGGAUCACUGUGUCCUGUCCGCAGACGAAACGAUCGACUACCUGCACUUCCUCAACAACCUCGUCAUCUGCGAUAUGCACACAGGCGAAAUGUUCGAUUAAGAGGUUUGAAGCCUUUUUUUUGGGGCAUACUUAGUAUUUAUGCAAACAGGAGGUGAGAAGAUGUUAUUUAGAGCCUUUUUUUGAGCAUACGCUUGCACGCAGGCGAAAUGUUCGAUUAAGGGUUUUUUUGGAAGGUUUAGAGGGACAGGCCUCUGGACGAACAAGGAUGCCACGGAGUUCGAUAAAAUUUCGUUCAACAACUACCUAGACAUCAUCGCACGACUAAGCUUAGUACAACUAAACAUCUUGACUUUUUCAACGUACCAGUUAUUUCUCGAACAAAUAGAUUACCAAAUAAUAGAGGACAUCUUCAAAAUACCACCAUAAGAAUUAUUUCUAAGAUAAUACGCUUAUAACAACGAACUACUAGAAAUAGCAUUCUUAGUCUAGUAGAAAAUAUCUAACCUUACAUUGCGUAGCAAACAUGAACAGCAAGAUGAUUUGUAUGCAAAUAAUAUCACAACAUGAUUUGUAUUACAUUCGGAUAUGGAUAUUCACAGACUCUUGAUAAUGAAGCGAUCACAAUUACACUUAAGAAAUGAAGUACUGCAAUUGCGAAUGCGAUAACUUAUCGACAUGAAUGAAUAUGUUGGUUAAUGUAUUUAAUUAUGAUCGCGAUGUGCAACUUUUAGGAUUGAAAUUUUCUUUUGAUGCUUACUUAGUUCAACUAAGUAUGUUGUUGUAGAAUCUCAAAAGUAGUAAGAUGUCGUAAACUGUUGUUGUUUCAUCUAUUGAAGUAGAUGGAACUACUACCAGUAUCUACUAUGUAGUCCGUGUCGUGGAGCGAAGAGGCGGUGCGUGCACAAGGAAGAGACACCAUGAAGUUUGCGACGCGGCGAGGGAGCAGACGCACCUAGUAGCGAAUGCGGAACUACUACUACUAAGUAGUAGCAAAAAUCCAGCAAAAAAUCAUGUAACAAAUAUAUCAUCAUGCAUCGCCGAAGUAGAGUAAGUAUUUACAUGUAGUAUAAUCUCUCUUUGGAACCACAUCAGUUGUAGCAUCUUCAAUAUUGCACCACUUAUUUGCACAGAAAAAAUUAAGAAACUACGAUAACGAAUGUAGAUGUGCUCAGAUAAAAAAAACUGGAUGUAGACAUACAACAUUGCAUACAAAAACUGGACGUAGACGUUUGUUUUACAUUGCAUUUAGUUCUAAGAAAUAUGAGAAUGUUGACACUGGAGAUUGUCGACAACGACAACGCAAGAGCCAAAGACUAAUUUUGCGGACAAAUAUGAAAUUAAUCGCACUUGGGAUUGGGAAUCAAGAAUG